UUUCUCUCCAAGCCAGAAUUCCAUCUCCAUAACCAAUAGAGCUAAUCAAGACAGAGGAAAACCCUCCAAAACCCUAAACCCUUCUCUGUAAUGGGUAGCAGCCAAGCCGCAGUCUCGUUCCUGACUAAUCUUGCCCGCUCGGCCUUCGGCCUGGGCGUGGCGGCCACCGCCCUGUCAUCGUCGCUAUACACUGUCGACGGCGGUCAGCGUGCCGUCCUCUUCGACCGGUUCCGAGGCAUUCUCGACGACACCGUCGGCGAGGGAACCCAUUUUCUCAUCCCGUGGGUCCAGAAACCCUACGUCUUCGACAUCCGCACGCGCCCUCACACCUUCUCCUCCAUCUCCGGUACCAAAGACCUUCAGAUGGUCAACCUCACACUCCGCGUCCUCUCCCGUCCUGAAAUCGGCAAGCUCCCCGUGAUUGUCAAGAACCUUGGCCUUGAGUACGAUGAGAAGGUUCUUCCGUCCAUAGGCAACGAGGUUCUCAAGGCCGUCGUCGCGCAGUUCAACGCGGAUCAGCUUCUCACCGACCGUUCUCAGGUAUCUGCUCUCGUCCGCGACAGUCUCAUUCGCCGCGCCAAGGAUUUCAACAUUGUUCUUGAUGAUGUCGCCAUCACGCACCUCUCCUACGGCAGCGAGUUCUCGCGAGCGGUGGAGCAGAAGCAGGUGGCGCAGCAGGAGGCUGAGCGGUCCAAGUUCGUUGUGAUGAAGGCGGAGCAGGAGCGGCGGGCCGCGAUUAUCCGUGCCGAGGGAGAGAGCGAUGCGGCGAAGCUAAUCUCCGACGCUACUGCCUCGGCUGGAAUGGGGCUGAUUGAACUCAGGAGGAUUGAAGCCUCCAGGGAAAUAGCCUCCACGCUUGCAAAGUCGCCGAAUGUUGCGUACUUACCUGGCGGACAGAACCUGAUGAUGGCUCUUAAUGCUUCCCGUUGAUCUUGAUAAUGGGACAUGCUUGGAUCAAUUUGUUUGGUGGUUCCGUUCUAGGAAGUAGUUUUCUUGAGUUUCUACAGUAGACUGUCGCAUUUGAGCACAAUUCAACAUAAUACUUGUGUGGUUAAAUGUAAGUCAUCUGACUUUAUCAUCAAUUUACCAAAGUAUUUCAAUAUAUCCUGCGCAUUUGGUUCUGUUUCGUUUCUCAAUUUGGCCAUUCUCGCAAAUUUGUGAUCAAUAUUGUAAGACCUUAUUUUAAAAGCAUUACAUUGUAUUUUAAUGAUUAGGAUGUACCUGGAAUCAAAAUAAAUGCGAGAGAAAAGUGUUUUCAA